AUGACGGUCAAGAAUAAGGGCAGCAAGCCUAUCCCAAUUACACUACUGUCCGGGUUCUUGGGAUCUGGCAAGACAACCUUACUCGAAAAAAUUUUGAUGGCUGACCAUGGAUACAAGAUUGCUGUUAUUAUUAAUGACAUGUCUGAAUUGAACGUGGACUUCUCUUUGAUCCAGGACCACAAAGUGUGCCAAAAGGAAGAGAAACUGAUCCAAUUGCAAAAUGGAUGCAUUUGUUGUACACUUCGUGGGGACUUACUAGAAGAACUAGUUCGUAUCGGAGAACGAGGCGAUUUCGACUACAUUGUGAUCGAGUCCACGGGCAUCGCUGAACCUAUGCAAGUGGCAGAAACAUUCGCCCAAGAAUUCUCAGAUAUGUUGCUUAAGACUCCGGGUGGAAUUCCAGAAGAAGAAGAGGUGAUUCUAAGAAAUGUGUCGCGGUUGGGUGGUCUAGAAGCCUUGGCUAAGAUUGACACAUGUGUGACUGUUGUUGACGCUAUGAAUUUUUUGAAUAACGUCAACACCACCCAAUUCUUGGCAGAUAGGUGGGGCGAAUCGGGACAAGGCGAGUCCGAACGUACUAUCACCGACCUUCUGGUAGAUCAAAUCGAAUUUUCCAAUGUAGUGAUUGUCAACAAGAAAAGCCUCGUCAAUAAAAAGAAGCUUGAAAAGAUCAAAAAAAUGAUCACGGCAUUAAACCCCUUAUGCAGUGUCAUAACGUCUGAUUACUGUAAUGUACCUUUGGACUCAGUAUUAGACACUGGCCUGUAUGACUUUGAAAAAGCUUCCACUUCAGCCGGUUGGCUGCAAAGCAUCAACGAAAUGACCAAAAGAGAGGGAUUUGGCGACAAAACCAAAAGCGUGUUGACCCCAAUGCCAGAAACCGAAGAAUAUGGCGUGAACAACUUUGUCUACCGCAGACGAAGACCAUUCCAUCCAGAACGGUUGCAUGAUAUGAUAAAGGACAAGUUUUUCGUAAUUGAGCAAGAAGGUUUUGAUGGAGGUGACCAUGAAGAGAAUGAGAACGGUAGGGAAUCUGUAUAUGAAGAAGAAGAAAGUGAUGACGAUAGUUGUGCUAAUGAUCAUGAAAACAGGGAAUUUGAUGAGGAAAUGGUUGAGCUGUCGGAAAAGGAAAUUAACCAAAACAGAGGAAACUCCCCAUUUGGCACUCUUUUGCGAUCUAAGGGAUUUUUCUGGCUCGCAACAAGGCACAUUAUUAGAGGCGAAUGGUCUAGUGCCGGUUCUAUGCUGACGAUUAAGGGGGGUUUACCAUGGUUUGCGGUAUCUGGAUUGGAAGAUGUCCCACCUGAGGCCCUUGCGCUGGUGAAAAAGGAUUACGACGGUCCGUACGGAGACCGCCGUAACGAAAUAGUUUUCAUCGGAUUGAGUAUCAACAUACAGUCUCUAACAAAAGCACUGGAUUCUUGUCUGUUGAACGAUAAAGAGUACGACCUUUAUCAAAAAAUUACCUCGAGUAACGAUGCUUUAGUGGCGGAUGAAAAGCUAGCUAAGGUUUGGGAUGAUGGUUUCGAAGAUUGGAUGAUAUUGGGACAUUUGGAGGAUGAAGCGAUAGAAGCAUAA